GGUUGUCUCUCUAUCAAUCAGUUUAUUUUUACAGACAUACAGACAUACAAUAUAUAUAUCUCUCUAGAGAGAGAGAGAGGAUUAGCAUUUAGCAAUGGAGAGGAUGAAGAGACAGUCGUCUAUAGAGAAAGAACCUCGUACACUUAGUCUUCAUCAAAUCGAGUUUGCUAGGGAGGCAGCGCUGUGUGUGGUGAACACCAGAAGUAUUGAAGAAGCUCUUAGAAUCUUCACUGAGGGACUUGAACCGGUGGAGAGGUGUGCAGUGAGCAGCGGUCCGACCGGCGGCAAUGAAGAGCCAGAUUAUGUCAUUGUUAAUAAUGAUGACGUAGAGAGGUUUCCAUCCGGUCUAAGAGACAUCGUUUCUGCACCCUUCUGAGAUUUUAUACACCUAUACAUACAUAUAUAUAUAUAUAAUGUGUGUGUAUAUAUGUUAUCUGUAUAUAUAUAUAUAUAUGAUGUGUACCUGUGCCUGUGUGUAUGGUGGAAGAUGA